UCCUUGCUUUUCCACUGCUGUACUAAAACGCAGCACGAGCGUCGCGCAAUUUGCUCUAAACGACUCAAGGAAAUGGUAGUAGCUCUGAGGCUACCCUCUCUUACUUCACUCUUCUCGUCUCCCUCCGUCUCUCGCCAGUCUCCUGCGAUUCUGCGCCGUCGCCACCACAUCCUGCCGCCUUUGCGCGCCGCUGGAUUCUCUGCUCAGAGCGCUGCCUCGAGUCCGCCGGAGACUGAGGGCCGAGUAGAUAAGCAGAAGAACAAAGUGAGUCAAGAGCGAGUUAACCAGGACCGUGUCAUCACGCCUAGGUCUCAGGACUUCAAUGCAUGGUACCUCGAUGUUAUUGCCAACGCUGAGCUUGCUGACUACGGUCCGGUUCGUGGAACCAUGGUUAUUAGACCUUACGGUUAUGCUAUUUGGGAGGCAAUUCAGGAAUAUUUGAAUGUCAAGUUCAAGGAGACUGGGCAUAGUAACAUGUAUUUUCCACAGGUGUGAUUCUGACCUCUCUGUUUGAUUGCUGAGAAAGAGUG